AUGACGCGACCUACCAAAAAGCAUCAGGUGCAUUUUGAGCAUUUUUUCCAGCAGCCCUCAGCCACACCUCCUCAACAAUGUGUUCAUGAAUAUACACUGACAACCAGGCGCACCACAUUGCAAACAGCAUACAUACUGCAUCAUAAUGAGGUCCCUCUGGAAGGGGAGAUGAAUGAACUGUCAGCACCCAAGUCUCAGUGGCCGAUUUACAACUUCUUCAAUGAAGUUCCUCUGGAUAUGGACAUGGAUGUCAUCGCAUACGACCUUCCACCUGCAAAGUGCAGACGGACUGCAGCAGAUAACCCUCUCCUUGCCUGGUUACCUGAACACCAAACAUUUCUUGAUGAAACUAUUUUUUUGGAGGGGUGUGGACACAAAGCUAUUUGCUCACUCUGUCACUGUGGCAAUUCCGAAAAAAAUUACCAGUGCAAGGAUUGUUUCGGACCUGGGAUGUUCUGUUGUGCCUGUAUUGUCCAACAACACACAUGCCUGCCAUUGCAUAGGAUCGAACUCGGUCACAAUCCUGGUCAUUGGUGCCAUAAUGCUCAUCCCUCAUCUGGAAACAACUUUGUCAUCAUCGAUAUCAGUGGUAUUCAAGAGAUCACACUGGAUUUUUGCGGUUGUGAGAGUGCACAGAUUCAUUUCAAGCAGUUGCUGCAAGUUCACUGGUACCCCACAACCACAAGCGACCCGCAGACAGCUGCUACAUUUAAUGUACUGGAGCAUUACCAUCUCCUCUCCUUUGAAUUGAAGGUAUCAGCAUAUGAAUUCUACCACAGUCUAGCGAGGCAAAGUGAUAACACCGGACUUUCCCCUAUCAAAGAUCGGUACUCAGCUUUCAUGCGCAUGGUGCAUGAAUGGUGCCACCUAUGGCAACUGAGGCACAGUGGCAGAGGGCAUGACCCCACUGGUGCCAAUGGGACCAACAGCGGGGAGCUCGCUGUUCUCUGUCCAGCUUGCCCACACCCUGGGAAGAAUCUGCCUGAUGGAUGGGAGAGUGCACCUCCAUCAAUACAGUGGCUGUAUGCACUGUUUAUCGCAAUAGAUGCAAAUUUCUGCCUCAAAUGCAAAGCAGUCUCUUCAGAUGACAUUGAUCCAGGCUUGAACGCAGGUUGGGCAUACUUUGUGGAGGAAACAAAGUACAAGAAUUAUCUAUCUGCAUGGUCAGGCAAGAAACAAGAACAUAGCACCUGUGUUAGCCACAACACAGUUAAUAUGGCCAACACGAAAUCAGCAUGUGGCCUAGUGGCAAAUGGUGUCGGUACUGUGGACUGUGCAUGCCAUGAGUUCAAAUUGCCGACUGGGGUAGGAGAUCUUCAAAAGGGUGAAAAGUACCUUAAUAUGGACUACUUUGUAUUUUCAGCCCUGAUUGGGUUUACAGUCACAGCUCUCAACAUCUCAUAUGACAUCGCAUGCCAGUGGUCAAAGAAACUAUGGACCAGGAUGGACUCCAUGCUGGCUCAUUUGCAUGUGCUGCAUGAUGCAAUGCAGAUUCAUUACUUCAUUCCCAAGUUCCACAUUGGAGCUCACAUCACCACCUGCCAGACGAUGUUCUCAUGGAAUUUAGCCAGGUUUGUAGGAAGGACCGAUGGAGAGGGGCCUGAACGUGGGUGGGCAAAUAUCAAUUGGGUUGCCUCGAGCACGAAAGAGAUGGGACCAGGGAGUCGAUGUGAUAUGCUAGACGAUCACUUCAGCAACUGGAACUGGAAGAAAGUUACAAUGUUUGGUCGCACCCUGAAACGCAAGAUGGAGGAGGCACCCAAAUGGAAGUGGGAACACUGUGCUGCCUUGGAUGAGCUGGAGGCAACCAUUCAGCCUGGGCUACUGGAUGAGUGGAGACUAGAAGUCGAGGCUUGGGAGGAGGACAAUACCAAACCAAACCCUUUUGACAGCAGGGUCACUUCUAUUACCCAGGCAGGAGUGCGUGCUCAGCUCAUCAAAUUGGAAGCGCAGGAAUUGGAAGUGGGAAAUGAUUGCUCACUCCAUGCAGAUGUCUCGCCGAGCAUACUUAUAAGUAGUGGGAUUGAAUUGGAGGAUCAGCAGUGCAUUAAAUUAUCAUUAUUGACCAACACACUACAAAGAUGGAUAGACUCAUGGAUAAGUAUCCAAGAACAUUACAUGCCCAUAGUUUCAGUACUCCAUUCAUCACUCAACUCUACUGCUAGUGCUUCGGAAGCUGUCCUUAAGCCACAACACUGUCAUCUCUAUCUUCCACCUUCAAUUGAUGCCCAUUUACAUUGUGACCAGUGGCUCCUCCAGCAUGAAUGGGACCUCCAGCAUGCCCAGGCCCAUGAUGCCCUUAAUGAAAUCCAUUCACACCUCUGUCUGUGCUCCCACAUGUACAAGUUCAAAGACAAGAAUCUCCAUGGCCAAAAUCUGAUCACAUGCAUUGAAGCAAGGAAAGAUACAGGAGUCAAGAAAUACAAGUGCGCAUGUCAGGCACUGGAGUCACUGAGUGGUCAUUUGGAUAAGGUGGGUUGGGAAGUAUCUCUACAAUCUCUCAGAAGCAAAGAUGUGAGACCCAUGGGGGAUUUCGUGGGUGGGCAUACUCAAGGAACAGGAAUGAUAUCAUGGAUUUGGCUAGCCACAGGUGUUCACAUUGAGUGGUGUAAAGCUCGUGCACAUGUGGCACAAUGGUCUGAAGAAGUGCAACUACUGCUCGAAGAAAUGAGGUGCAUGCUGGUUUUUUUUGCAGUGGCAGGCUGA